AUGCAUCGAGAUAAAGAAGACGAAAAGGAUCUCUAUGAUGGACAGUUGUUGACAAUCAAAGAUCAUAUUAUUCAUCUGAGGAAAUGGUUACGAGAACAACAACCGAUUUUGAAUUCGUUAGACACCGAUGAAUUUUUGUUACGAUUCUUACGCGUCACAGAUUUUCGCAUUGCACAUGCCAAAGAACGACUAAUCCGCUUCUGGCAGUACCGCACUGAAAAUCUUCAAUGGUUUACAAAUCGUGAUCUAUUAAAGAGUCCUCUCAUGUGCGAAAUUGGCCAAUUAGUCUAUUGCCUUCAAUUACCAAAAGCGACUAAGGAUAAACACCUGAUAUUUCUUAUGCGCAUGGGCCGAUACAAUCCAACUCAAUACACUUUCGAUGAUGUAACUCGUUAUGCAUUCGCUGUCGCUGAUAUUCUCAACAGUCAACCUGCUGCUCAAUUAUAUGGAUUUAUUAUUUUAUUAGACUUUACAAGUAUUCGUCUGAAACAUAUCAGUCAAUUCACAUUGGAUAGAAUUCGACGGUAUAUUGAUUGCUGGGAGAAAAUGUAUCCAAUACACGUACGGCAAAUUCAUGUAUAUAAUUAUCCUACCUGUCUCAGUCCACUGUUCCAUUUCUUGCGGAUGUUCUAUCGCGGAGAAUUUCACGAUCGAAUCUAUUUUCAUUCUCGAUCGUCUGAUGAUUCAAUGAGAAAAUCUUUACAUAUGUAUAUCGAUCCAUCAUUAUUACCUGUGGAAUAUGGUGGACAAUUAGGUUCUGUUGAAUCUGAGAUGAAUCAAUCAUUUAGACAAUGGACUCAAGAACGUAAUGACUCAAUGAUACUACUCGAACAAUAUGGUGUUGACCUUGAACAUAUUACACAGUUGUUGACUAAUGUCCGAAAAGAGUGUAAUUUAUGA